AUGUUCAGCAAGGUGUUCUGCAAGAUGAGGCGCUGGCAGCUGGCGGCGCUGCGCAAUGGAGGAGGUCAUGCAGCGCUGCCUGCAGUGCUGCCGCGGUACAUGGAGGCGGGCGCGUUGCUGCCGCCUAAGCUGAUGGAGCACCUGGUGGACCUGUGGCAGCGUUGGCCUGGCCAUGGCAGGCACGGCACCAGCGCUGGCGGCGCCGCGUGCUGGCGUCAGAGGCAUCGGACGAGGCGUUCGCGUUGCUGCUGCUUACGCUGGUGGGGACCUUGGUGGAGCUGCGGCAAGGCUGGCCUGGCCAUCACAGGCACGGCUGCUGCUAUCCAUGAUUGUUCAGUGAGUUGA